AUGUCAGCAGCGCCAUGGAUCUGUCGCAGCUGCGCCAGAGCUCUGCGGCGGUCCCAUCAGCUGCAGAUUGUCCGAUUCUCUUCCAAUGAUGCUUCCUCUUCUCUGGCCCCGAGCCUCCUCCGACGUGCUCAAUCGCUAUCCGUAGAGCAUGACGACCUCCAAAAGAGCCUCAACAGCUCCUUUGACGCAGCCAAAGCCAAGCGCGCCGGCGAAUUGGGCCGCGUCGCCUCGGCCCUACGAGCAUGGGAAACGGCCCAAUCCUCAAUCACAGAACUCGUCUCGAUGGCGGAGGAUCCUGACCAGGAUCCUGACCUUGCGUCUAUCGCCCGGGACGAGCUCGAGGGAGAGCGCGCGAAACUGGACAUGCUGGAGAAGAGACUCAAGGAAAGCCUGACACCGAGACACGCAUUCGCCGAUUUGCCGUGCAUGGUUGAGUUUCGACCCGGGCCGGGAGGUCUCGAGGGCAGGUACUUCACUGAUACGCUGUUCAAGAUGUACAAGGCUCUGUGUGCACGACGAGGCUAUAGGGCCAACGUGCUCAAGUACGAAAUGGCCGAGGCCGCAGGCGACCAGUCUUCGUCAUCCGGUGAACAGCCAGUCCAGGAAGCCAUCCUCGAGAUCCAAGACCAAGGUGCAUACGACAUCUUCCGCGGAGAGGCCGGCAUGCACCGCGUACAGCGCAUCCCCAGUACCGAGAGCAAGGGCCGAGUGCACACGAGCGCUGUGGCCGUCUGGGUUCUGCCGUCGUUUCCAGAGGGAGGCAGUGGCGGGGACAAUGUCGAUGUCGAGGAUCCGGAGAGCGACUUUUAUGUCAAUCCUCAGGACGUCAAGAUUGAAACAAUGCGAGCCAGGGGAGCUGGUGGACAGCACGUCAACAAGACCGAGUCUGCUAUUCGCAUGACGCAUAUCCCUACCGGCACCGUUGUCUCCAUGCAGGACCAUCGCUCGCAGCAGCGCAACCGUGAGGACGCGUGGAAGAUGCUUCGUUCCCGUAUUGCCAGUCAGCGUGCUGAGCAGCGCGAAGAAGAGGCCGCCAAGCUUCGCAGCAGCGUCUUGUCCCAGGCGCAAAUCACGCGGGGUGACAAGAUCCGCACGUACAAUUACAACCAGGACAGGUGUACGGACCACAGAGCCGGACUGGAUGUGCACAAUUUGCCGAAUGUGCUGGAGGGAGGAGAGACGCUGGACAGGGUGAUGGAGGCGGCGCGAGAGUGGUUGGUGGGCAAGGAGGUUGAAUUGCUGGUCAUGGAGGAAGAGGCCAAGGCGAAGAAGUGA